AUGGAAGACUGGAAGGACUUAUUCUUCUUUAUGGCCAGUACCCUGACUUCCAACGUAUCUCUCUACAAAUCUUUCUUAUUCGAUUCUAAGACCAUGAAGAAUCUGAUAAAAGAGGCGUUUUUGCAUGACAAUUCAGUACAAAAAUCCCAUUAUAAGAUUAAGGAGGAUUUGGAAAAACAUGGCAACGUAUGCACGAAAUUUUUGAUGAUUUAUAUCACCAUCUUCUUGUGUAUCCUGUUCUCUUUGUAUGCUGGUUGCGUUAUCCUCUACUUGAUGUCUUUGAAAUGCGAUGGUCAUAUUGAAGUAUGUGAGAGAAGUUUGGUGUGGCCCUCUUUGUCAAUUUUUAGUUUGGAAACGCAUUAUGGGCUCUCUCUUUUCGUCCAUGGAAUAGGAAUGACUUACCUAGGUGUCUUUGUCUUAACGUCGAAUGUAACUCUUGCUUCACUCUGUAUUUUUCCAACAUUUAAACUGAAGCAUUUACAAAACGUACUGGCUAAUUUUCAAUACUAUGCCGAAAUUUCCAGUAAGUCUUUGAAUAUAUCACUUCGAGAGGCUGAAUAUUAUGUGGUCAGAGAAUGUAUAAUAGAGCAUCAGAAAAUAAUAAGUCAAUUUGGAAAGCUAAAAAAGAAUACCCAAACCUUGUUCUUGGUCGAUUUUAUAACUCGUGCACUUCAAACUGCACCUUACCUAGUGAUACUUAUGGCUUCUGACGGCCACAUAGACUAUGUGCUUAUAAUGACAAUAUCCUGCAUGGCUUUUGUCUUAUUCGAGUUGCUCAUGAUUUACUGGUUUGCACAGAUGAUCGUCGAUGAGAGCAUCAACAUCGGAACAAGCAUAAGCCUUUCCAAUUGGUAUGAAUCAGACACAAAGACUCUCAAGUUAAUCCAUUUGCUGAUGGUCAGAUCCAAUAGACAUCUGGCUCUGAAGGUGGGCCCUUUUUAUGAGAUGGACUUGCAGGUUUUUCUUAAGAUAUUCAAAGGAAUGUACUCGGUUGUAAUGAUAUUCCAGAGGAAUACAUGAAUACCUAGUUAUUUACGUCUGAUUUGUAUCAAACUUUUAUUUUUAUUUUUCAGCUUUU